AUGUUCCUGGAGCUGAUGAAGAACUCGCCAGACUCGGACGCCAUCAAGCUGCACUACUUGGACAAGUCUCUGGUGGGUGCGGCGACGGGCAUGAUCGACACGAAGACGCUUCAGGACAACAACUAUGCGCACGCGUGGGAGAUCCUCGAGGACCGGUACGAGAACCAACGCCUGAUCAUCGACAUCCACAUCAACGGAAUCUUGCAGCUAAAAAGGAUGGCGAAGAAGUCGUCAAAGGAGCUGCGAGAGCUGUACGAGGAGUGUUCGAGACACGUUGAGAACUUACGGUACCACAAGCAGGAGCUGCUGGGUGUAUCUGAGUUAUUCGUCGUCAACAUUCUGUCGUCUUGCUUGGAUCGUGAGACUCGUGAGCAGUGGGAAGCUACCGUUAAGAAGGGUGAACUCCCGAAGUAUGCGCAGACGAUCGAAUUCCUGAAGCAGCGGUGCGCCAUCUUGGAACGGUGCGAGCUAGCUGCCCCUGCGUCGUCUGCUGCCCGGUCGGCAGUUCCCAAGGCGGUGCAGUCCUCGAAGCCAUCGGCGAAGAUCACUUCGGCAGCCGCGACAUCCAACGAGGCGGAGUGCGAUCUGUGUGACGGGUCUCACGCGAACUACAAGUGUGGCUCGUUCCGCGGCAUGAGUGCAGCGGAGAGAUGGGCUAAGGUGCGUGAAGCGAGGCUGUGCUAUAACUGCUUGCGCAAGGGUCACCGAGCCGGACAGUAUCCGUCGGACCGAUCCUUCAAGUGCGGCGAGAAGCACCACAGCUUGUUGCACCAGGAGAAGAACCAGCAGCAAACCAAGCCGAAGCCAGAAGCGGCUCCGGUAUCAGCGAAGGUGCCAUCGGCAGUGUCAUCCGCCAGCGUGAAGGCUGGUCCCAGUGGCACGGGUGCGCCGGAAGUGAACGACGAGAACGAGCAGCAGGCAAAGUCGUGUUUCAGCAGCGGAGCGCUGAAGUCACCGCAGCAGGUUCUGCUGCAGACAGCCAUCAUCAACGUGGCGGACAAGGCCGGCGCACAUUUUGUCGGAGGCGAUGGCUCGAACCCUCGGCCUUACCUUCGAAAGUGCAACAUGACGGUCAUUGGAGCCAACGCAGUGAAGACGCAAGCAAAGAAGGGAGUCAACUUUACCUUCUCGUCGAGGUACUGUCAGUUCCAAGACAACAUCUCGUGCCUGAUUUCGGACAAGCCCACGGGACGGAUCCCGUCGGCAAGAAUCGAGACAGCUGCUUGGCACAUCCCGAGCGACGUGUUCCUGGCAGACCCGAAGUUCAGCGAGCCGCACGAGAUCGACCUGGUCAUGGCGUCGAACUACGUGUGGGACUUGCUGCGAACGGAUCGAGUGAAACUGGCGUACGGUACCGUGACUCUGCGUGAAACUGAUCUGGGCUGGAUCGUGACCGGCGUGUACGACCCGUUCCAGCAGCUGAGUUGCCAAGUCGUCCACUCGAACAUCACGCUGAAGGAUCAGCUGAACAACGCCAUCGAGAAGUUCUGGCUGGUCGAAGAACUUGCAGACAAGCAACUGCAAACCAACGAAGAACAGGAAGUGGAAGAGCACUUUCGCGGCACCCACGGCCGUGACGAAAGUGGCCGCUUCGUCGUCCAGUUGCCAUUCAAGGACACGGUUCUUGAGCUGGGAGACAACCGAGUCCAGGCGUUGAGGAGAUUCAACCUGCUGGAGUGCCGUCUGUCGCGCAACCCGGAACUCCGAGAACAGUACACGGCGUUCGUCGAAGAGUACGAGGCGCUGGGACACUGCAAGGAGAUUUAUGAGCAACAAGAUCCACCAGAAGUUUGUAAGUACUACCUGCCGCACCACGCUGUGCUCAAACCGUCCAGUUCGUCCACGAAGCUGCGGGUGGUUUUCGACGCCAGCGCCAAGGCCGGCAAGUACUCCCUGAACGAUGUGCUGAAGGUGGGAUCGACCGUCCAGAACGACCUGUUCUCCAUCGUUCUCCGGUUCCGUCGUCAUCCGGUCGCAUUCACCACCGACGUGGUGAAGAUGUAUCGGCAGGUGCGGGUGCAUCCGAGCGAUACGCCGUACCAACGAAUCUUCUGGAGGAAGGACCCGAACGAGCGCUUGCGAGUGCUUGAGCUGAACACCGUGACCUACGGAACGGCGAGCGCCCCGUUCCUCGCGACGCGGUGUCUGGUGGAGCAGGCGGAGUCGGCGAAAGGCCGGUUCCCAGCAGCCGCCAAGAUCGUGAUCGAGGACAUGUAUGUCGACGACAUGCUGUCCGGCGCCAGCAACGAGAAGGAAGCAGUGAAACUUGUGCUGGAAGUGAAGAAGAUCAUGGAAGAGGGAGGUUUCCCAGUGAAAAAGUGGUGCUCUAACUCAGAGCAAGUGUUGAAGUGUGUGCCUGAAGAAGAUCGGGAGAAGCCGAAACCAAUCGAAGAGUACAGUGCGAACGAAGCCAUCAAGGCUCUGGGUGUCCUGUGGGACCCACACGAGGAUGAGUUUCAUUUUGUGAACUGUUUGGAAGAGUGCGACGACAAACCAGUCUCGAAGACGAAAGUGUUUUCGGACAUCCUUAACCUGGCCAUGGUCUUCGUUUCGUACAUACACUUAAGACCCGAAGACCAUGCCCGGGUUAAAGUGUUUGACCCACUGGGCUUCGUAGCCCCAGUCAUCGUGCUGGCCAAAGUGUUCAUGCAGAAGUUGUGGGCCAGCAAGAUGGACUGGGCUACCGAACUAAACGAAGAGCUUCUGUGUGAGUGGUUCGAGAUUCGAGAGUCUCUAACAGCACUGAACGAUAUUCGUGUGCCGCGAUGCGUCGUGGUGCCCAACACGGUUCUGCACGAGCUGCACGGGUUUGCUGACGCGUCGACCGUUGCCUACGGGGCCAACGUCUACCUGCGGUGCGUCCGCGGGAAUGGGUCGGCCGAGGCCAACCUGUUGUGCGCGAAAUCCCGAGUGGCUCCGCUGAAGAAGCUGUCCGUGCCGAACCUGGAGCUGUGUGCAGCGCUGUUGCUUGCGCGGCUCGUCGUGAAGGUCAUCGAAACACUGGAUCUGGAGCUGUCCGUCAUCGAGCUGUAUUCGGACAGCCAGAUUGUGCUCGCAUGGCUGAAGAAAGAUCUGAAUCUCCUGGAGACCUUCGUGCGCAACCGCGUCAUCCAAAUCCUCAACCUCACAGGUAAGUUCCGAUGGAAUUACGUGAGGUCAGCCGACAAUCCGGCAGACAUCGUCUUUCGAGGGAUGAGUCCCAAACUCUUGAGUCGGUGUCCGAAGUGGUGGAAGGGGCUUCUACCGCUGACGAGCGCUGCCUACGUUCCUGAAGAACCCCCCGAACUCGAGGACGACGAGCUGCCAGGGCUGGUAGCCAUCGUCUACAAAGUCACCGUCGUCGAGGAGAUGCCGGUGUUCAAACGGUUCGGCGAGUUUCGGAAACUCCAGCGCGUGAUCUGCUACGUGCGCAGAUUCGUCCAGAACUGCAGGAACAAGAAGUCUGGACAACCAAGGACAACGUGCACCUACGUGACAGUUCCUGAAACGAGAGCGGCGUUUAAGUCCAUCAUCUGGUCGAUUCAAAUGGCAGCCUUACCAGAUGAGUUUUAUUUAGCGAAGACCGAACAAGCAUCCAGCCAGCUCGCGAGCCUGGCACCAAUCGUUGACGAGGACGGUCUGCUGAGAAUCGGCGGACGUCUGGAACAUUCGAGCCUCCCGUACGAGGCCAAGCAUCCCGUGAUCCUGCUUCGUCAUCACGUGACUACGUUGCUGGUCCGAGCGCUGCAUGUGGAGAACCUGCAUGUCGGCCCCUCCGGACUCCUGGCCAUCGUUCGACAGCAGUACUGGCCGCUGAAGGCGCGCAACGUAGUGCGCGACGUGACCCGCAAGUGCCUGCAGUGCUUCAAGGCCAACCCACGCAGGAUUGAACAGUUCAUGGAACAGCUUCCGGCGGAACGAGUGAACGUUGCCGCCCCCUUCGAGUACACCGGCGUGAACUACGCUGGACCUGUAACGGUGAAACAAGGCAAGUACAGACCCAAACUUACCAAAGCCUACAUCGCCGUGUUCGUUUGUCUGGUCACCAAGAACAUCCACCUGGAAUUGGUGUCAGACUUGACAACCGAGGCCUUCUUGGCCGCCCUGGAUCGCUUCGUCAACCGACGAGGCAUGGUGCGCAAGAUCUUUUCCGACAACGCGACAAAUUUCGUCGGGGCGUCACGAUCUUUGCGCGAAAUGCACGAGCUCUUCAAGCAGGACCUCCUAAAGCGUGGAAUCAAGGAUUUGCUCGUGCCCAAAGCCAUCGAGUGGAGCUUCAUCCCGCCCAGGGCUCCCAACUUCGGCGGAUUGUGGGAGGCGGGCGUAAAGAGCGUCAAGACACACCUGAAAAGAACGCUGCAGAACGCGGUGCUUACCUUCGAAGAAUUUGCUACCAUCUUGACGCACGUUGAAGCGGUCUUGAACUCUCGGCCGCUCUUCAGCUUGUCGGACAGCCCCGGAGAUCCUCUUCCGAUAACUCCGGCGCAUCUUCAACUCGGCAGGCCGCUGCGUCCUGUCGCCAAGCCCUCCCGUAGCGGUGUCGCGGACAACCGUCUGAACCGCUGGGAGUACCUAGACAAGCUUCGUGAGUGCUUCUGGGGCCGCUGGUCCAGAGAGUACUUAACGAGUCUGCAGAAUCGUGCGAAGUGGACCAAGAAAUCGCACAACCUGCAGCCCGGAAUGCUAGUCCUUCUCGUCGAAGACAACCUCCCGUCGCAGACCUGGAAGGUCGGCAUCAUCGUCGAGACUUACCCCGGAAUGGACGCGCUGGUGCGUGUCGUGGACGUGAAGACCGGUUCUGGAGCGGUCUUCAAACGGUCGGUUUCCAAACUGGCACCCUUGCCGACCGUGGACAACGACCGUCUUCUGGAGCGUUUCGGUACUUCGGAGUAG